CUAUGAGACAGAGCUAGCUAACAAACUGAGAUAUCCUACUCUCCUCAAAGAAUCCUGAGGAACUUGGUCCUUUUGUUAUUUAUCACGGUCAUGUUUGUCGUAAGAUAAUUUAAUCAUCAUUGGCUAUCCAGCUGGUUUCACUGUAACAUGGAGCUAGGGGACUAAAGCUAGCGUGAGCGAGGAAAACCCCACGUUACCUUGGUUAGCGAUAAACAAGCCUCAACUAGGUCCCAGUCAACAUGAUCCUCUCUCGUGUGAAACCAGCGGUGGGAGCAGAGACACAGGUGAGCAUCAUUGAGAAGAAGAAGAACCAGUCCAAGGUUCCCCGGCUGGAGGAGUACCUGCAACAGAGAGACUACCUUGGGGCCCUGACACUGUUGGAGUUUCAGAGAAAUGUCGGAGAGAAAGAGGAACAUGCCGACCUCUGGAUUGGCUACUGCUCCUUUCACUUGGGUGAUUACAAGAAAGCAAUGGAGGAGUACAAGUCUCUGACCAUGAAGCCUGAGUGUCCUGUUGAUGUCUGGGUCUAUCUCGCCUGUGUCCUGUUUUUCUUGGGUCUCUAUAAAGAUGCUGAGGAGGCUGCGUCAAAGGCACCGACGUCCCCGCUCCAAAACCGGCUCCUCUUCCACUUGGCUCACAAGUUCAAUGAUGAGAAGAGGCUGAUGGGUUUCCACCAGAACCUGGAGGAUGUGACGGAGGACCAGUUGAGCCUGGCAUCCAUUCACUACAUGCGUUCCCACUACCAGGAGGCUAUAGACAUCUAUAAACGGCUUCUGCUGCAGAACAGAGAGUUCCUGGCCCUGAAAGUGUAUGUGGCUCUGUGUUACUACAAGCUGGAUUACUACGAUGUGUCUCAAGAGGUGCUGGCCGUGUACCUGCAGAGCAUCCCUGACUCCACUAUCGCCCUGAACCUCAAGGCCUGCAACCACUUCAGACUCUACAAUGGCAAAGCAGCAGAGGCUGAGCUGAAGAACCUAAUCGACAUCUCCUCCUGCUCCUUUGAGUUUGCUAAGGAGCUUAUCCGACACAACCUGGUGGUGUUUCGUGGUGGGGAGGGGGCGCUGCAGGUGCUGCCUCCUUUGAUCGAUGUGAUCCCCGAGGCCAGACUCAACCUGGUCAUCUACUAUCUCAGACAAGACGAUGUCCAAGAAGCUUUCAACCUCAUUCAAGAUCUGGUACCAACCACACCUCAGGAGUAUAUCUUGAAAGGAGUGGUGAAUGCCGCACUGGGACAAGAAAUUGGAUCAAGGGAUCACUUGAAAAUCGCACAGCAAUUCUUUCAGCUGGUUGGAGGCUCGGCGAGCGAAUGCGACACUAUUCCUGGCAGACAGUGCAUGGCCUCCUGCUUCUUCCUCUUGCGGCAGUUUGAAGAUGUUCUCAUUUAUCUAAACUCAGUCAAGGGUUACUUCUACAAUGAUGAUACAUUCAACUUCAACUACGCUCAGGCUAAAGCCGCCUUAGGCAACUACAAAGAAGCUGAAGAGGUUUUUCUGCUCAUUCAGAGUGAAAAGAUCAAGAAUGACUAUGUUUACCUCAGCUGGCUGGCACGAUGCUAUGUUAUGAACCAGAAGGGCCGACUUGCCUGGGAGCUCUAUCUGAAGAUGGGCACUUCCUCUGACUCCUUCAGUCUGCUGCAGCUCAUCGCCAACGACUGCUACAAGAUGGGCCAGUUCUACUAUGCAGCCAAAGCAUUUGAUGCUCUGGAGAAGCUGGACCCAGAGUCAAACUACUGGGAGGGCAAGAGAGGAGCUUGUGUUGGAAUCUUCCAGCUCAUACUGGCUAACAAGGAGUCCAAGGAGACACUUAAAGAGGUCUUGCCCUUGCUGCGCAAUUCAGGAAACCCCCAGGUUGAAUACAUCAUCCGAGCUCUGAGGAAGUGGGCCAAAGACAACCGAGUCCUCCUCUCAUGACGACCGUCAGCAGGAUCCACCUCACUGUAGACCUGCAUCAAGAGAAGCUACAUUAUGCAUUAAUUUCAUUCCACUGUAUGAAUGAUAUCUCUGCCACAUGAAGACAUUAUUAUUAUUAGUAUCAUGAAGACAUUAUUAUUUCUGAUAUAAUGUACUGUUGAAUGUCUUCGAUUGCAAAUAUGUACUUGUAUUUUUGCAUUAAAAUAUGAACAUGUUUUGUAAAUUAAAGUGACUUAUUUGUAUGAAUUUCAGUGUAGUAACUGACUGAAACCUUUUCCUCUGAUUGUAUGGACUAAUACAAAUUUACAAUCAGACAAGAUAUGAGUCUAAACUGUAGAGGUAGGAAAAUAGAAAGUCAACAUGAAAAACAAAUCAGGUCAUCAUGAGCAACAUAAAUAUAUUUAUAUUCCAAAUGUAUGUCAAUAUAUUGUUUUUCAGUUUUGUACAAAUCUUUGAUACAAAUGGAAUCAAGCUGAAAUAAACAAAUACAAAAUA